AUGAGCCCCAAACCGACAUGUGAUUACGCCUUCCUUCUUCCGACAGUUUCAGAGCGAGUGCAGGCAGAGGUCGUGAUAGUACGUGCACAUGGCUGCGUGGCAGUGCAGCUCGGCGGCAGCGGUUCCCUUCCUGCGGCGGCAGAGGCAGUACCGGAAAGCACUCCGGAUGUGCUGGAUGAGAGUGCGGUGAAGGAUUCAGGUGAAGUGGAGGACGUGUCGAACACGGUGGCUUCUGUGGCGCCAAACGCUGCUUCAGGGCCCAGUGCAGAAAAGCUCAAAGCAAUUGAGGAGCUCAAAGCUGCCAUUCGUGCUGCGGCAGCCAAGCCGAAGGCAAAGCGCAAAGAAACAGAGGAGCUCGUGCUGUUCUGCCAGUGUGUGAAGAGCCUGGCUGGCAGCAGUGAGAUCUGUGUGCAACUUAAAGAGAUUCUGCCAAGGAUCGGCGAAACCCAUUUGGUACCUCUCAUGGGGAUUAAGCGACCAGCACCUCGGGUCGUGGAGAAGCCCAGCGUGCCGGUCACGGCCAACCGUGCAGUCGGGAGGGUGAAGAGCUACAACACCAGAAAAGGCUUUGGCUUCAUCACCGUGCCAGACUUUGGGCGUGACAUUUUCGUUUACAACUCCCAUCUGAUUGGCCGUAUCGGACUCCUUGCGGGGGAGACUGUGUCCUUUGACCUCAUUGUCGAGGGUGGCCGGCCGCAAGCGCGGAAUGUGAAGGUGCUGGGAGGGGAUGGUGUCGUGACUGACAUGAUCGGCCAGAACUCGGUGGCAGAAGUGAAGAAGGCCCUGGCGCAGGGGCCACGAACUGGAGAUCAGCCUUCGAGUCAGACCUCAGUGCGCGAGAUGACGCUUGCAAUGGCGGCGGCGGCGGCUGAGGUGCCGACGACUUUACCGCAAAAGAAGCCCCAGCAGGAGACCACCAGGAGCGCGGAGGAGAUUCUGAAGGAGCAGAUUCGCAAGGCCCAGACCGAAGCCACGACGCGCAAGACAGCUCCCAUCGUGAAGCAGCCGCCAACUGUCAGCUUUGGUGGACAGCAAGAUGCACGACCAGCGGCUAUGGAAAAUGAUGGCAACCUCCCGAAAGGCAGUACGGUUCGCGUUGUGGGGUUCCCAUCUCCGGACGUGGAUGGCUCCAAGAGCCAAGUCAGAGCUGUCUGCCAUGACUGCUCCAUGAAGGUGAAGGUUGUGCGGAAGCGAAAGCCGAAGGAGCCGAAGGAGACAGAGAGUGCUCCGAAGGAGCCAGCACCCAAACGUAGUGGACCCUUGUUAAGCCAGAGAGGCAACAAGAAAGCCAAGGCUCCCCUUACAGUUUCUCAACGACAAGCUCGAAACAGACGCUUAACAGAGCAGUUCCGCGACGAUCGCCUCCGAGCAUCCUUCGGGAGGUCCAGGGACCACGAUCCUGUGAAACGAAAGACGUCCUUGAUUCCGGAGGAGCUGUGGGAAGACGGGCAAGAAGUUGCUCCGACCAGGAAGAAGGUGAGCAAGCUUGGGGAGAACAUCGAGGCACUUUCAAAGAAACCAGAUGCCCAGCUUUCUGAUUUGCUGACGAAGGCACUCCAGAACAUGAGGAAGGGCCUGUGA